CAUUAGACUGUACAUACAUUUCAAAAAAAAUUUACUGGUUAAAUAAUAAUACUUUUUUGUUUUGUUUUUAUUAAAAAUAUUACUAAAUAAUUUAGAAUUAGUAGAAAAAUAUUUUCGUUGUUGCAACACUGAACAACACAUGUCAAAUUCAAAAUGGCUUCGAAACAACAAAGUGUUGGCGGGACCCGGAACUUACAACUAACUCGCGCCCAUAAGAUCUUGGCUUUGGUACCCGCUCAAAACGCAUGCUCUGACGAUAGUUCCACAUCUGAUGAGGAAGCAAAUGCUUAUAUACCGCCUUCACCAGAUACCUCUGAUCCACCUUCAAUAGCAUCAUCACUAGAAGCCCUUUCACCACUAGAAGUAUUUCGUCACAAUGUAUCUCUUGAAGAAAACUUAUACAAUCUCCAUCAAACACAAAUAGAGACAGUACUGGAUUAUUUUUAUUUCUUUUUUUCUCCUGACUUAAUUACUGACAUUGUUUAUAAUACAAAUUUAUAUGCAGUUGAACAACUAGGUCGAUCUAUUCAGCUGACAGAAGAUGAGAUUAAAAGCUUCCUGGCCAUUCAAAUCAUGAUGGGUAUAGUACAGAUGCCAGCUUAUACUGACUAUUGGGCAAGAAAAACAAGAUACCCUCUCAUUGCUGAUCUUAUGCCUCUCAAAAAGUAUCAACAAAUACGUCGAUAUAUUCAUUUUGUUGAUAAUACUUUGCAAGAUUCAGACCGUUAUUUCAAGAUUCGCCCCCUAAUGGAGAAAAUACGCAAAAAUUUUCUGAAAAUUGAAGAAGAAGGAAAAUAUUCCAUUGACGAGAUGAUGAUACCUUAUAAAGGUCGUAAAGCAGGUAAACGAAAGCAGUACAUAAAAAUGAAACCUAAGAAAUGGGGGUUUAAGAAUUUUGUCCGUGCGGGUGUUUCGGGUAUCAUCUACGAUUUUAUUCUGUAUGGUGGCGACGAUACCUUUCGUGGACUGACUUUUUCAGAGAAAGAAGCUACAAUUGGUUUAGGAGGUAUGGUAGUGCUUGCAUUGUGUCAAACUAUAAAGAAAAAGCCGGCCAUUGUGUAUGCUGAUAACUUUUUUAUGUCGCCUGAACUAACAUAUAUUCUGCGGGAAGAAUACGGGAUCCUUAGUCUAGGAACAAUAAGGACUAAUCGUCUCAGAGGCUGUCAAGAGUUAUUGCCAACUGACAAACAAUUAAAAAAGAAGAAACGCGGUUCUAGCGCCCAGGUGGUUUGCAAUAAGAAUAAGUUGGCAGUCGUAAAGUGGAACGACAAUAAAGUGGUUACACUUAUUAGCACCUACAUAGACUCGUACCCCUUAGAAACAAUCAAACGAUACGAUAAGGAUGAGAAAAAGAAAGUAGAUGUAGAAUGUCCUCAAGUGGUCAAACAUUACAACAAACAUAUGGGAGGGGUCGAUUUAGCAGAUAUGUUGAUAUCGUUAUAUAGAACUCCCUUCAAAAGUCACCGUUGGUACUUGGGAAUAUUUUCACAACUUGUUGAUAUGUGUAUAAAUAACGCUUGGCUCCUACAUAGAAGAGAUGGGAAGAAGACUUCAUUGAAAGAUUUCAGAUUUGAAUUGUUUGAUGGGUUGUCUAAGUCUAAUAGAAUAGGAACAAACCAAAACGUUACAGACGAUAUAGGCGAGAAUCUGAAAAUCCAUAAACCAGUCUCAGUCCGACCAACUGAUAGCGUCAGAUUUGAUAACACAGGUCAUCUUCCAGAAGCAGGUAAUGAAACAAUGCGUUGCAAAUAUUGUAAGAGUGGAAGAACAUCUGUCUACUGUAUAAAAUGUAACGUACAUUUGUGUUUUGUUGUGGGAAAAAUAAAACGUAAUUGCUUUCGUAAUUUUCACCUAAAAUAAUAAAGAAUAAUUUAAAUA